AUGUUGACAAUGUACGGAUACCUGGCAAUACCUGACUCAUCGGGGGCCAUGUCGAGACUUCUUGGAAGCAAAGUGGAUUCCAGUUCCGAAAGUCAACAAAAAGCAGAGAAAGCCGAUAGCUCUGUAACAUCGCUGCUGGACAGAGUUGUUAACUACAACCUUGGACAUCCUGAGUGUAUUAUUAAUGUACCUAUUGUUUUACAUGAUGGGUUUCAGCCGUGGAUCGAUGCUCUCAACCUACACAUCAACAGCCUGGGUCUCUGGUCAGGCCUGCUGCUAACCCUGGGAACGCUGGUCUUCAACCGGAAAUACGUCAUCAACGCAUCAUGGAUCCUUCUGUUACUGGUGUACAGCCUGCUCCCCCAGAUGGCUCUCUUCGCCCUGGCCCCUUACAUUGACCCCCGGGACAGCGGUGGGUUCAUCGUUGGGCCCAAGGGCAUCAAACCAGGUUUGCCCUUCUUGUUCGUUGCCAUACCAACCACGAUGGAGCGGAUGGAGUUAUCUCCCUUCAUUUGAUUCUGCCUCUUCGUCUGCAUCUUCUUGUUCGGUCUUCACCAUCAGGCGCUUCACUUGCUGGCCAUCUGGGAGAACCUGUUGCCGUCGACGCCCCAAUUCCGUCAACGGGAGGUGCUGGUAGCGGCGGCGUGUGGCG